CCUCCCGAAGAAGAAAAUGAAGAAGACAUUGAUAUUUCAGAGAGAUUGACAGAGGCCCCCGUGCCCGUUCAUUACAUCCUCAGCCUGGCCACGGGGCAGUUUGUUGCUAUCACAAAGAGUGGACGCGUGCAAGGCAACACUCAAUUUGGUCGACUGGUUGCCCAGUUCACGGUGCUGUAUGCGCACAUUGGAGGAAGGGAACAUGUGUCGAUCCGCUCAGUCAAGUACGAGGAC